GCAGUUCGGACUGCCGGCGCCACUGUCGCCGCAGUUCCCUCCACUGUGGUGGCCCCGAGGCCCUGCGGGGAGUCUGGGGGUCGACGGGCCGCUCGGACUUGGCGCGGGGUUGGCCACGCCUCUCCCUACCUCGGUGCGGCCUAGACGGUCGGGGCCGCGGGGAAAUGGAGGCUUCUCCUGCCACGGGGGGCUCUGAGACCACUCGCCUGGUGAGCCCCCGAGACCGCGGCGGCGCUGGUGGCGGCCUGCGUUUGAAGAGUCUCUUCACAGAGCCCUCCGAGCCCCUCACCGAGGAGCCCAAACCCGUGGAGAUGUCCUUCCACCACUGCCACAGGGACCCUCUGCCACAGCCAGGUCUCACCCCUGAGAGGCUGCAGGCACAGAGGCAGCUGUGUGCCGCCUGUGCUGUGUGCUGCGUCUUCAUGGCCGGGGAAGUAGUCGGUGGGUAUUUGGCGCACAGCCUGGCCAUUAUGACUGAUGCAGCCCACCUAUUGGCAGAUGUGGGCAGCAUGAUGGGCAGCCUCUUCUCCCUCUGGCUCUCUACCCGUCCAGCCACCCGCACCAUGACCUUUGGCUGGCACCGCUCAGAAUGGCCUUUGUGCUGCACCAGGCUGGGCCCCACCACAGCCACGGGUCCAGGGGGGCAGAGUAUGCACCGCUGGAGGAGGGGCCUGGGGAGCCCCUGCCCCUGGGGAACACCAGCGUCCGGGCGGCCUUUGUGCACGUGCUGGGGGACCUCCUGCAGAGCCUUGGGGUGCUGGCCGCCUCCAUCCUCAUCUACUUCAAGCCUCAAUACAAGGCAGCUGACCCCAUCAGCACCUUUCUCUUCUCCAUCUGUGCCCUUGGAUCCACGGCUCCCACCCUUCGAGAUGUUCUCCGCGUCCUCAUGGAAGGUAUCCCCCGAAGUGUGGGGUUUGAACCUGUGCGGGAUACCCUGUUGUCAGUGCCAGGAGUUCGGGCAACCCACGAGCUGCACCUGUGGUCCCUUACGCUUACUUACCAUGUUGCCUCCGCACACCUGGCCAUUGACUCCACGGCUGACCCUGAAGCCGUCCUGGCUGAAGCCACAUCUCGGCUCCACUCCCGGUUUGGAUUCUCCAGCUCUACCCUGCAGGUCGAGCAGUACCAGCCUGAGAUGGCCCAGUGCCUGCGCUGCCGGGAGCCCCCCCAAGCCUGAGGCACGGCCGCACCCUCACCCCACUGCCAGGCCCAGGCUCAGCCCUGGACUCUCAGCAACUGCCUCCCUGCUCACGGAGAAGGGACGGAGCUGGGUCCGUACCCUUCCUCUCUGCCCGCUUCCACCUGCCAACCCCCCAGCCCCAGUGGGCAAGACCAAAGUGUGUGUGGGGAGUGGGGCCAGAGUCAGGCUGAACAGGGAAGUCAGGGCAGUCGGGGUGUGUAGAAGUCCUGUGGUCCCUGCUCUCCGUGCUCGGGGCAGCCCCCAGCCUCCUUUCCGUGCAGUUCAUUUGUCUGUGUGGCAGGCUGGCUGGCUGGGGGAUCUGCCUGUCUUUGUGCUGUUGGUGUGCCUAAGCCUGGGGGAGGUCAGCAGGGGCCCCCUCCCCACGUGGCUCUCUCUCUGUCUAUGCAGGAGCCCCAAAGCCUGCACUUUGUCCGUGUGUUCUAGCCUUAUGGUUUUGUGUGUGUGUGUCUUGGUGCUGUGGCCUGUGUGUCUCUACCUGUGUGGCUGUGCUAUGGUCUCUCUGAGUCUGCACCAUCCAUGUGUCUGUUUGGGGGUCUGUCUGGCCAUCCCUCUGUUGGUGCUGUGCCCUCGGCUCUCCCAGAGAGAGGGAGGACUCCGCCGCAGCUCUGCCAAUAAACUUGUAUCUAACUGCACCUUUCAGCCCCUGUGCUGACUCCUCAGGAGGGGGACAUAGAAUCGGUCAUCUGGGAACAGAUAGAAUCCCUCAGCCAGAGUGACCUUGCACAGCUCCCCUACCCCCUUCCCAGCCUCUCCAGCCUCUCCAUCCUCUCCACCCUCAAAUAUCCAUUCUGAUGUAGGCUGAAACCCGCCGGUCCCUUUACUGCCUUCCCCUACUUCGCAGUGUGCUCGAGCCUGGGUCCUUGGCUCAGGGAGAUGCCCAUUCGUUCUGGGCUUGGUUAUAGGAGAAAGCUGGAUGGCAAGGAGCUGAGGGAUACUGGAGUCAUUCUGAAAGGCUCCCGCAGGCCAGGGUGGCCUUGGGCUGGUUGGCGGGAAGCUGCAGCCAUUUGGGAGAGAGGGGUUGGACCACAGUGCUGAUUUGGCUUUGUUCUCGAGCUGUGUGAGGUGCUGGGGAGCAGCCCUCAGUCCCGACUGCCUCAACCCUGCCUCACAGCAGCCAACCCCAAGUCCAGGUUUGAGCUGUGGACACCAAGGACCUCUUUUACAAUUAUCCUCCCUUUGCCUCAUAUAUGUUGAAUCAUAUACUUCGACAGAUUUGACCUUACAAAUCUCAUUAAGGGAUUGUUCAUUUUCUCUUAAAAAAACAUCAAGCCCUUUGUGCUUUCCUUUUGGAUAUAGUGCAGGAGUCCACUGGCCUUCCCAUCCUAGGUUGAUAUAAUGCCAGCCUGAAGCAAAGACCGGGAGCAUUUUCAUUAGCUCGUGCAUAUUUCUGCAAGCUUCCUCCCCCACAAUGGAAAUAUCUUUAUUAUUAAA